CUGACGCCUUGAGUCUUGCAUGAACCUCUUUUCAUUCUCAGGGGCACGAAACAUCUUGUCCCAGAGCGGGCAAGGAAUCAAGGAAUAGGUGUUAAGUCCAGACUGGGCCUUGGAUUUGGACUUAUCCUCGAUCAUAUCAUGGCUCAGUGGAUAUCUAACGACUCUGAAGUUAGGGCUACGGCCGUUCAUUUCGGCACGUUUGGCCUAAACUCGGCUGAGGCCUUGGAUCCGGAGUUCGGUCUGGACCUUCACACGGCGGCUUCCGUGGGCGAUAUCGAGCAGGUGGUCCGAGUGACCGACCUCCGAGACCGAUUGACCCAAGGCAAUCGUCACGGCUGGACCCCGCUUAUGUAUGCGGCUUACUACGAUCACGCCGCUCUCAUUCAGUUUAUGGUGGACACGGCCGAUCCAGUGGCUUUGCUCUCAUCCGUGAAUGAAGACGGGCGGAGCGCUUUGGCCUUAGCCGCCGUGUGCGGCCAUGAACGCUCCUUGAAAUUACUUUUACGGCUAACCUUGCAAGCCGGAUUAGUACACGCCGAUCUCGAACGACCUGAUGGGCGCGGACUCAACCCUCUGUUUCAUGCCGUUCGCAUGGGUCACCACGGGUCCACUCAGUUGCUUUUAGAAUGCGGGUGCGAUCCCAAUCGGCGCAUUGAAGAUACCCAAGGCUAUUCCGUUCUCAUGAUGGCCAUCAAAGAGGGUCAUGACCGGGUGGCUGAGGUGUUAAUCCAUCAUGGGGCGGAUGUGAAUUUUACCAAUAUCCAGAACGAGUCUCCCAAGUCGGUGGCUGUCAAAUAUGGUCGGGACCGACUGUUGGCUUUUCUGUUGCGCUCAUCCCGGGCUCAAGCUCCCAGUGCCUUAGCGGGGCCGGCGUUGGUGGAACAAAAAUGGGCCAAUCUGCGCUUAUCGGCAUCCUCGAGCCCGUCUUUGUCGUCGUUUUUGAUCGAGGCCGGCGUUGAUUUGAAAUAUUUGCCACGCUUGAACGAGCGAAACAUUGAUCUACCCCGUUUGCUAACCAUGUCGGAGCGAGAUUUGAAAGGCGUGAUUGAGCUCAUGGGACCUCGAAAGAAGUUGUCGGCCGCCGUCAUUCGAGCUCGACAGAGCUCUCAGUUCGUCCAUCCAACCUAAACCUAGUCCCCAAUGUCAUGUGUCCCUAU